UUGAUUUUAUGGGCCGCAGGUCAGGAUCUGGCUAUGACGAAGGCUGGAACUCACUGCAGAGACUUUUGAAUAAAGCAGAAGAUGGAGGAAUGGACAAUGGUCUGGAGCAAGAUGGAGAUGCAUCAUAUCCUCGUUCCCCUUCUCCCCGGUCUGAGUCCCCGCCUUCCCCUGUGUCCUUUUCGCCUCCACCGUCUGCCCCGAGCACACUCAUCAAACCACAGCCCUGGCAGAGAGACAGGGAGGGAGGACACUCUCUGCCGACAGCUCAGUCCCUUCACCUAGCCCUGAACUCCCUGAACAGAGAGCAAGAUGAGGAGAACAGCAGAAUGCACCUUUCUCUGCCACUUUCUUCAUCAUUGCCGGCAUCUCUGUCCGAUGAGAGUUUGAUGACUCCUGAUGCGGAGAACGCUGUGGUCAGUCCUAUCCUGCCCUUCCUGUUUCUGGGGAACGAGAGAGACGCUCAAGACCUGGACCUGCUGCUGCGCCUCAACAUCGGCUACGUGGUCAACGUGACCACACACCUUCCCCUCUACCACGUCAACUCUGGACUGCGCUACAAAAGGCUGCCAGCCACUGACAACAGCAAGCAAAACCUUCGACAGUACUUUGAGGAGGUUUUUGAAUUCAUUGAGGAGGCAUAUCAGAGUGGACAGGGAGUGUUGGUGCACUGCCAGGCCGGCGUCUCUCGUUCUGCCACCAUCGUCAUCGCCUACCUUAUGAAGCACACCCUCAUGACAAUGACCGAUGCCUACAAAUACGUGCGGAGCCGUCGCCCUGUGGUGUCCCCGAAUCUGAACUUCAUGGGUCAGCUGUUGGAGUUCGAGAGGGACCUCAACUCUGGGGUGACCCCUCGCAUCCUGAUGCCUAAACUGAGCGGUGUGGAGACGCAGGUGUGAGCACAUGGGGAUGCCGCUGACGAGGGAUUAUGGUGGCAUGAAAGGAAGAGAGUGGCUGACCGGAAGACAGAAAUAGUACAACUGGAAAAUGUUGGCGCAUCGGCACUUUUAACGCGAGACUGAAACAUGAGACUGGAUGCUUCAUUUGUUAAAGUCGUAACUCUUCAUCAUUCAGUGUACUGUUUAGGUGCCAAUAUUUUGUAUAGAUCCAGCAUCACUCUCAGAUAUCUGUUUUUCUCUGAUGCCUCUUCCUUUUUGUUCCCAUCACUUACAUUCCCACAAAGAAACAGUUGCCAUCAAGAACAAAUGCAUGCAGAACGUGAACACAAACAAGGAAAGCUGCUAAUGUCUUACUUCAGCCACUGAUAUCUCCACCACAUGUAGCAACCCUGUGCAUUUCCUACAUUUGUCACAGGGAGGAGAAUUUGUUACGCAGACCUCAGUUACUGUUUUUGCUCAAUAUCAUCAUGUGUAUUGGUGAAUUUCCUGUUUUAAAACUGUAGCACAGAGUAGCAUGGACCUAGUAGGGAUGUGAGUAGCAUUAACCUGGGAAACGUAUUGCAAAAGAGACAAACAGCUCAUGGGAAAGUCUUAGUUUAUUUCAGUGAAAGAGCCAGUGUACAAGCAAAGAAAAAGUAUCAGAAAUAAAGGUGUGUACACUCGUGAGUGAGUAGCUCACAGGUCAAUACACUGAAAUAAGCUCGACUAAGACAUAUUGAGAGCUGAGUUGGACUUUCAGAGAUUUUUUUUACAGCGUAUUUUAGCUUAGCUGUGUGUCAGCAGGUAUUAUCCUGCUAUUAUAAUGUGCUUUAAGACAACAGACCUUCUCCAACUGUGCGCUAUUUCUUCCAUGGUUAAUCAAUCAUUAAAAAGAUGCUUUUUUUUAUUCCUUUUUUUUGUGAUGUUAAUAGUUAAUUAAUGCAUGAAAACAGGCCUGUUAUAUUGCACAGAGAGAUAUUGCUUCAAAUUUCAAUACAGCACAUUGGUUUAUUGGAGAAAACAGUAAAAACAAAGAGGCAACAUUUAACAUCCUUCUCAACCUGACUGGUCACGAACAAAGAGCCAAACUAUUCAUUUUGUGUUAUGGUGAAAAACUGUCAAACUACAAGACUUUAUUUUUUAACUUUCAAU